CUCUCUGUUAUCGUCCCUCUCCCUCCAGACUGAAGUCUAGCCUGGUGCUUCAGUAUAGACAGUCUUCCAAUGACGACCCUUAUUCCCCGUGAGCCCUACUCCCAGGAGGAGCUGGAACGGCUCUAUCCUCGAGAUCUGAAACUCCAAUUGGUUCAAGUGUUCCUUCGUCAUGGAGAACGGACACCCGUCUCUUCGCGAUUUCAGAAUGCAGGACUUGCACCAUACUGGCCAUAUUGCAAUGUUGCGCGGCAGAUGAUCCAAAUGGCCUCCAGUAACAAAGAUAUCACAUCAUGGAACGGGUUCCAAUGGCGGAGGAAGACGGAAGCUUUUGGCGACAAGGACCAAUCUGUGGUUGCAGUGGGGGCGGGAGGUGAUAUAGAAGGCAUCUGCCAGCACGGUGAGCUGACAGACAAAGGACGGGAGACAACCUUUGCGCUGGGCCAGCGUCUACGACACCUCUAUGUGGAUCAGCUGGGUUUCAUGCCCAAGAUCAAAACCGACACCGAGGAUAUGUAUCUUCGUGCCACUCCCAUUCCCCGUGCCCUCGAAUCCCUCCAGCAAGCCUUCUGGGGCAUGUAUCCCGCCAGUGCCCGCACACAAGACUUCCCACCCCCGGUGAUCGUUGCACGCUCUGUUUCGGAGGAAACGCUGUUCCCUAACGAAGGAAACUGCCGCCGCUUCAGACAGCUUGCUAGACUCUUUGCAACCCGAGCAGGAGAGAUAUGGGACAACUCCGAAGAGAUGGACUAUAUCAACAAGCGCCUGUCCAAAUGGAUGCCAGAAAGCUCCCCCAGAGUCGCCGUGAACGGCCAUCCUCAGCUUUGUGGAAUUAACGAUACGAUCAACGCCACUGAUGCUCACGGACCCGCAACGAAGCUUCCCUCUGAGUUUUACGACCCUAAGGUCAGAGACUACAUCGACAAGAUCUCCGUCGAUGAAUGGUUCACCGGUUACGCCGAAAGCAAUGAGUACCGUAAACUCGGUAUUGGAGCUCUCCUUGGCGACGUUGUCGAUCGCAUGGUCAGCACCGCUGUCGACGGCGGCUGGCGCAGCGAGACCUCCGCGUCCGGAUCCUCCCCCGACAACGGCAAAGCCAUCAAAUUCGCCAUGAGCGGAUGCCACGACACGACUCUUGCCGCCAUCCUUACCAGCACGGGGGCCUUUGACGGCAAAUGGCCCCCAUUCACAUCCUCCGUUGCCAUCGAGCUCUUCUCUAAAGCAGAUCAAGCACAAGCACAAGCACCCUCUAGCGAAGGUGCAAUUCCCAAGAAGGGCGGACUGUUCUCCUUUCUGACUGGCUCCUCUUCCCCCGCUAACAACAAUACUCCCCAACCAUCCGAGACUGCCCGUGUUCCUCUGUCUUCCCUCCCCGAAUCGUCCAAAGAGUCCCUGCGCACUCACUACGUCCGCAUCCGAUACAAUGACCGUCCUGUCCGGAUCCCCGGCUGCGCCGCCAAGACCGAGAACCAUCUCCCCGGCGACGAUACCUUCUGUACUCUAGAAGCGUUCAAGGAGAUUGUCGACAAGUUCACCCCCAAGAACUGGAGAGAGGAGUGCCUGCAAAAUCUCGGGGAGGGUCUGUACGGUAAGAAUGAGAGCGAGAAGUCGAUUGCGGGCUUCUAGAGCUAUGGAUGACGCGUACGUAUGUACGCUCCAUCCGUGUGUAAAUUGCAUUCUUGCAUCUGUCUAUUUUGCACCAUGAAGACUAGAUAAUUCUAUACAGAAGAUAAGAUACCUUUCUAGGGUAACACUUCUUUCUUGCCAUAUAUGCCUUGAAC